ACGAAUUCAAAUAGAAAGUGUCUCUUGUUGUUAAGGUUUUGUUGUCUUCAGAUUUCUAAUGUUUCGUAAUGUGAUUGCGGAUUGCAUUGGGCCUUGAUGCCUGGUGGGUGGCAGCCACACAGGAAAUGGUUCGACAAAGGAGUGAAACUGGGAUUUCCAAAGUGGACCUGCUAAUGUUUAUGUUUACAAAGUUUUUAUGAGAAAUAAUAAUUCACUCUCGGUCGAAAGUAUGUUGGAUGGUUCAUGCAUUUGAAACAGGCCCUGUAGUUACUAGACUCUAGAUCUAGAUUUAGAAUAUCUAGAUCUAAUGUCAAAAUGGAUGGGGCACUAUUCAACUCAGUAUUUAACAGGUGUGUGGAAAAAGGAAACUUCAUUGACUCUGAAGUGAUAGAACCUGGCGAAGUAACCAGCAGAGGUAGCAGAACGAGGAGCGUCGGAGAAAGUGUGGUUGGUCUCUUGAGAAAGAAACCCAGUUUUGAUUCAUGUGAUGUCCGCAAAAACGUGAUGAAUAAAUCUGUGCACCAGGGAAAUCCUGCGGCUGAUUUUAUUCCAAGAUCUUCACUAUAUUCUGUGCAGGAAGAUAUUAUUGAGUCUUGUGAGAAGAGAGGUGGAAUUGGCAAUGAUGUGGGACUAGUGGGAGAAAUGAGUAAACACUUGGAUCUAGAUGGUUUGAUUGAUAUUGGAAAAGCAGAACAUUUUGUGAAACAAGAAGUGAUGGAGGGACCAGACAUCGCUGAGAAAGGAGAGACAUAUGAAUAUAUAAUGAGAGAUGGGAAGGAGGGGCAGAGUGUUAAUGGAAAUCAUGCUUCUGACUCUCUCUGUCUCCUCAGUCAGUCAGAAGAACGCAAGCAGUUAUUUCUUGAUGUGAGGAGUUUGUGCCAUGUGCAGCAACGUGUAGAUCCACAAACUUCUGCUGCUGCUUAUGAGAGUGUAAGAACUGACUAUGUUUGUGUUAGUCAAGACCCCUCGUCACUUACUCACACCGACUCAAACGUUGCCAGUUCUUCUGCUGGCUGGGAAAGGGAUGGACAGGGAAAUGAUUCACUUAGCUCACAGAACAGCAUACCUUUUGACCUCAACAUCAACAUGAUGGUAAACGAAACUUCUGCUACUACAUCUGAAGGUCACAAACAUUUCAAAGAAGGU